CUAAACGGAAGACCAUGGUACGAUUACUACUUGGCUUCCUUCUCUUGCAAGAGGCUUCCGCGCUGUUGGGAUACGACUGUGCGGGGCCAAACCUCAACAUUACAACUAUUUCGCUUAACAACGUAGGAGAAUGCAAUGUUCCGAUCAACGCGCCUAUUCCAAGGGAAACAUACAUCCAACUGCUCCAAUUAUCAGACUUUUCGCACGUCGAAGUCGUGCAGUGCCGCGUGGAAAUAGACCGCACCAUUUACUACUGUGGGAUGAGUUCGCACGUUUCGGUGGUUCAGAACGGACGCCAAAUUUACCUCCACGAACUCGACGAACGUGGGUGUCGAAAACUUCAGGAAACUGGGAUAUUACAACUCAGCCCAUCCAGCAUCAUAACCGGGUUAAGGAAGAACAGCACAACCGAUCGCGCUAUUUUAUUAGGCGGUUCCCUCACCAACAGUGGAAGCUGCCAAGGGACACAGUACAGCGACGCGUUUGGAAACUGGAACGGGGUCGUAAUCCAAGCAACAGUAAAAAUCACGCUGACAAACUACAUGGCCGAAGUGAACUUGGUCAAUAAUAAAAUUAUCCUUCAGUCAGGUACGCAGUGCUAUCUUUCCGAUGGUACUUGUUUGGACGUCGAAGGGAAUUCAGCCUUCUGGAUAACUGAACCAGCAGACUCGUGUCAGUUCAAUCGAUACGAUGUCCUCUUCGAAGGCAUUGCCCAUAAACAACAAAAUCCAGACUCAGCGACCAACAAUCCUGACGUAUUCUCACUAACAACGCACGAAACGACGUUCGCGUUAGCAGCCAAAUCAAUGAAGCAUAUCUGCGGUUACAAUCUCGUUCGUACGGAGCACCCAAAACUUUACAUUCUGGAAACACAAAAGGGAAGGACGUUCGCGCAGAAAAAACAAAUUCCCGUCAACAAUCUCGAUAUUUUUUCAUACAUGAACUCCAAAUUUAUUUACGUUGAAAAACACAUCCGUACACAGAUACAAAAUCUUUACAGAGAUGUCGUACUACAGAGGUGUAAUCUCGAGCGUCAGGUAAUCCAAAACGCAUUAAACACAGCCCCUUUGUUCCCGGAAAAAUUCGCCACAACAAUCAUGAAGGCUCACGGAUAUAUGGCCGUAGUAUUGGGAGAAGUUGCCCACAUUAUAAAAUGUACACCUGUCGACUGUAGCAUCCGCCGGACCAAGGAAUGUUACAACGAACUUCCAGUAACGUAUCGGAACGAGUCCCGUUAUUUAUCGCCAAUCUCGAAGGUUCUUCUCAAAGCAGGGACCCAAAUCGAGUGCGAUCCACUUCUUCCAGCAUUGUACAACAUCGAUAGUAACUGGUAUCGGUUCAGCCCGCAAGGAGUCCCAGCUCAAACCCCUCAAGAACUUCACCCGACUGCACAUCCAUCGUGGAAUUACAAUCCGAUCGGAGACUUAGCAGUUUCUGGAAUAUACACAGUAGAAGAAAUUAAUCAAUUAAGGAUCGCAUCAUGUUUCCAGCUGAAAGAGCCGCUCUCCUCAACACUAUCGCUCGCGGUUCUGCCGGUUAUCCAGUGGCAGGAGGAACAAUUGCAAUACAAAAUUUAUUAAGUACCGAGGCAAUCGAACAACUUGCGGAAGGUACAAUUAACAAAAUUUGGCAUGGUUUGGAAAAAUUCGGAAUAGUAAGCUCCGGGUUCUUCGCCAUAGCGUUUAUCUUCAGCAUCGUAAAAGCAGUGAUCGACAUCAUCAUACAGGGUUUCACCCUUCAUUCUCUCUACGGUUGGAGCGUCGCAUUAAUUGGCGCAAUUUGGAAUUCUAUAACUUAUCUUUUAAUCACACGCCACUACAAGAAAAACAGCCAACGGGAAAAUUCAUAUGAGAUCCCGCGUGAAACAGAACUUUCGGAGGUCGUCUCACAGGAGCCGAAACCGUCCCCAUCGAAAAGAAGACUUUCUGGCGUAGACCCUGUACUUUUGGGUCGUCUUACAGCCGGUUCUCAGCCUAAGUAAACCAUCGGCUUCGAAUUUCUCCGGGGAGGUGUUACGUCCUAGGGUCUCCACCAUCGUGUUGGCUGGUAUGUAUCUGUAACAUAAAGAAAAUAUAUUUAAA